AUGGAGAAAUCAAAGUAUAGUAAUGUUGAUGAAUAUGGGUUUGAAAGGGCAUCAAAUUUCAAUUUUGAAAUGCACGACAAAUUCAUGUCUCAAUACAUAAGAACAUUAACUCGACGCUCCCAAAGGUGGAGUACAUUAACAGGAAACAAAUAUAAAAAGUCGAAUACUUUAAAAAGAUUUGUCAGAAAAGGAAUUCCAGUGGAUCAUCGAUUAUCAUGUUGGAUGUCUGUUUCUGGGGCCUUAGAACUUAAAAACAAAAGUAAAGUGAGUUAUUUUGAUUUAAAAAAAAAGUUAACAAACAGGCAUGUGUUGGAGAGCAUUGAAAUAGAUUUGCCUAGAACUUUUCCUGAUAACAUAUUCUUUACAAAUCAUGAGUAUUUACCAAGUCAUUUAUAUAAUGUAUUAGCAGCUUUUGCGCACCAAAAUACAGAUGUAGGUUACUGCCAGGGCCUAAAUUACAUUGCAGGCCUUUUAUUGCUAGCCACCAAAGAUGAAGAAGGCUCAUUCUGGCUUCUAAAAUGUUUAAUUGAUAAAAUACUUCCACAAUACUACAUAAUAACAAUGUCAGGGCUCCUCACUGAUCUCGACGUCUUAGAUGAGUUAAUCAGAGUUAUGGAACCUGCCAUAAGCAGACAUAUUCACAAAGUUGGCAUGCCUUGGGCCAUGGGGAUAACAAAAUGGUUUGUUUGCAUUUAUUCUGAGGUGUUGCCAACCGAAACAGUACUGAGGAUAUGGGACUGUUUGUUUUAUGAGGGUUCCAAGAUUCUUUUCAGAGUGGCCAUCACUUUGAUUAGACUGCACAAGCAACAAAUUUUGGAAACAAAUGAGCUCGGAGAUCUCAUUGCAUGUUUUAGGAACAUGAAAAAUCAUGACCAUGUGAUAGACUGCCAUCAGUUUAUGAAAGAUGUUUUUUCCAUGUCUGGAAACUUAUCAAAUUCCAAAAUAGAUAAACUAAGAUUGAAAUACCAAAAAUAA